GCGAGGUCCGCGCGCAGGAAAGCCCCGCGCGGCGCGUGGAGCCUGAGCGCACAGGCACCUUUGCAUCCCCAAUGGGGUGGCUUUGGACCGAGUUCCUGUCCUCUGUCGGCUGUCUGAUUUUGCUGUGGGUGUCUGGCUCUGGGAGCGUCACGGUCCUGGGUGAACCCACCUGCUUCUCUGACUACAUCCAAAAUUCCACUUGUGAGUGGUAUCUGGAUGGCCCUGUCGACUGCAGAGCUCAGCUCCACCUGUCCUACUGGCUGGACUUUGAGAUCUCUGAAAACAAGACAUGCACCCCAGAGAACAUCGCCAGCUCCGUGUGUCUGUGCCGCUUAACCAUAGAAGAACCGGUCCUGAAAGACACCUACCUGCUGGUCCUAAGGGCUGAGGAGCAGGUGCUGUGGCAUGGCUCCUUCAGGCCCAGUGAUAAUGUGAAGCCCAAGGCUCCAGAUAAGCUCACAGUUCACAACAAUGACUCCGAUGCAUGGCUGCUGACGUGGAGCAACCCAUACCCCAUGAAUAGCUUUCUGUACAACCAACUCAUGUACAUGGUCAACAUCUCCAAAGUGGACCACCCCGAGGAAUUCGUAGUCCAUAAUGUGACCUACAAGGAACCCAGGCUGGUCCUCCCAAUGAAGACCCUGAAGUCAGGGGUGCAGUACAGGGCACGGGUGAGAGUCCUGGCCAAUAGCUUCAGUGGCACCUGGAGUGAGUGGAGCCCCAGCGUCACCAUAGACAACCACUUCCAACUGCCCCUGGAGCAGCGCCUCCCACUGGGAGUUGGCAUCUCCUGCUUCUGCAUCCUGUUGCUUUGCCUGGUUUGCUACAUCAGCAUCAUCAAGAUUAAAAAGGUAUGGUGGGACCAGAUUCCUACCCCAGCACGCAGCCCUCUGGUGGCGAUCAUCAUUCAGGACUCACAGGUGUCCCUGUGGGAAAAGCAGACCCGAAGCCGGGAGUCAACCAAAUGCCCACGCUGGAAGACAUGUCUGACAAAGCUGCUGCCCUGCUUGCUGGAGCAUGGCGUGAAGAGGGAGGGAGAGUCCCCAAAGGCUGCCAAAACUAGGCCUCUCCAGAGUCCUGAAAAGGCAGCCUGGCAUCCUGUGGAGGUCAGCAGGACGGUCCUCUGGCCAGAGAAUGUCAGGGUCAGUGUGGUGCGCUGUAUGGAGCUGUUUGAGGCCCCAGUAGAGAGCGAGGAGGAGGAAGAAGAGACGGUCCAAGGCGACUUGAGCAUGCUGCCCGAGAGCAGUGCCGGCGGCUUCCAGGAGGGUCAGGCAGACAUCAUGGCCCGGCUCACUGAGAACCUGUUUUCAGACUUGCUGGAGACUAAGGGUGGGGGCAUUGGGCAGUCGAGCCAGCUGGAGUCAUGUUCCCUUCUGCCUUCAGCAAGUGGGCAAGCGUCUGUGGCCUGGGCCUGCAUCCCCAUGGGGUCCAAGGAGGCCACAAAUCAGGCCACAGAGCAGCCUUCACACCUGGGUCCUGCUUCAGGCAGCCUAACGCCCAGCGCGCCUGACCUGGCCUGCACAGAGGUGCCACUUGUCAUCACAGACAAUCCUGCCUACCGUAGUUUUAGUGACUUCUGCGGCUCCUCUCCACAUCCUGGAGAGCUGGCCUCAGAACAGCAGCAGGCUGGACACCUGGAAGAAGGGGACCCUCCAAGCCCAGCUGAAGAAUGCCCAUCUGUGCAGCAGGAGGACAGCUGGGAGCAGAUCCUUCACCUGAGCGUCCUGCGGCAUGGGGCAGCUGGCCCCGCCCCAGCCCCUACCAGUGGCUACCGGGAGUUUGUGCAAGCAGUGAAGCAGAGUGCCACCCAGGACCCCAGGGUGCCUUGCUUUGGGCCCAGUGAAGAUGCUGGUUACAAGGCAUUCUCUAGCCUGCUCAGCAGCAGUGCCGCCUGCACAGACAUAGCAGGACCAGAGACUGACAGUGAGCGUGGAGGCUACAAGCCUUUCCAAGCAGGAUCAGGGACUGACAGUGGGCCUGGAGGCUACAAACCCUUCCAGAACCCCGUUCCUAGCCAGUCCCCUAGGUCCAUGCCCUUAUUCACCUUCGGACUGGACAUGGAAUUGCCGUCCAGUCCUCUGAACUCAGUCCCACCCAGCAGCACCACAGAAUGCUUUGAGCUGGGACUCAAAGGAGGUGACAAGCUGAAGGCCCCUCCUCCCACAGAUCAAGUGCCCAGUCCCUUUGGGGACGACCUGAGCCUUGGUAUUGUCUACUCUUCCCUUACCUGCCACCUGUGUGGCCACCUGAAGCAGCACCAUAGCCAGGACGAAGGUGGCCAGAUCCACGUGGUUGCUAGCCCUUGCUGUGGCUGCUGUUGUGGGGACAGGUCACCGUCCCCAGGGAGCCUCUCAGAAGCCUUGGAAUCCUGUCCUGGGGAGAUGCCACCAGGAGCCAGCCCCACCUCAACACCCAGGACACCUUCAGACUUGUCAGUGGAGGGCAAGACUCUGGGUCAUGCUAUUUCCAGCCGGAUCCCCAAGGUGUCUGCAGGCACCCUGGGCAUGGCAGUUUCUUAGGUGAGCUAGUACGCUGUUGUUGCUGAGGUCUGCACUGAGGCCAGGGUUCAUCCAAACCAGGAACGUGCCUCUCGGGAGACAGCCCAGCUGGCAGGUUUCCCAGAAAUCCAGAGAAUGGUGAAUUGAAGAUGUGAACUUAGCCUGACCCUGGGGCCUGGAGCCUGUUUGACUCCCCACCACUGGCGUGAGCUCUCCUCUCACAAGGGAUUCGGGGGCUCGGUGUGCCGUGUCCCAUAGCAGUCCUGAGGGUCCUAAGUCCCCUGCUCCCCUACUUGUUGCUGCCCUACCUGCUCGGGCCCAGUUUUUUCUCACCAAAUAGACCUGUUGUCCAAGGCUCACAGCUGUUUGACUCUCCUUGAGCUGGAAGCUGACCCUAGAAACUCACAUCUGGCCUGGCAGUGGCUUAGGUAGGAAUUGUAAGUUCAGGGAGGGCAGUUAUUGGCCCCAAGGUGACCAUUCAUUGAGCAGCUGCUGUGGGUUGAGGCAGGAAGCAGAAUCUGCUGUCCUGGCUGAGACGGCUGUGGAGAGCACCAAGGCUACAAGACACUUCUGAUUGCCUGAAGCAGCACAGUCACUGCCAGUUGCCCACCUGCGGCCAGGGCUCCUGGAAUCUGGAAGUGGAGAUCCCCCAAACAGUGGUCACUACUUGCAGUCACGGCGAGACCCCAAGGGGAGGCUGCUGGUUCUGGUUGGUGGCCAGGAAGUCAGGGUAAGCAGACAACAGACUGCAAUCUGACCUUGUUCUAGAAAGAUGGGGCCGGAUUGAGCAGUGUCUGUAUGUCUCUACCUUGUGACACCUAAUACGUUUGCAAAGAGGGCAGGCCUGGCCACGUGGAGCCUUACAUCAAUAAAGACUC